ACAAACACUCAUCGAGGUGUUCUGGCUCCCCCCGUUACCGUGAGGACCGCUAUCGUGAUGAGAAAUACUCAUCAUCACGUCGUAGAUAUUCACGUUCCCCAUCUUACUCUAGAAACCGAAGGAGUAACAGGUCUCCGAUGUCUAAUCGCCGCCGGCACCAUGGAAGCAGAGAGGACCCACCCCCAAGUAGCUGCCUUGGGAUCUUCGGGCUUAGUCUUUACACAACAGAGAGGAAGCUCCAUCACCUCUUCAGCAAAUAUGGUCCUAUCAACAAAGUUCAAGUUGUGCUUGAUGCCAAAACUAGUCGAUCUAGAGGAUUUGCUUUCAUCUACUUUGAUCAUGUGGAUGAUGCCACAGAAGCCAAGGAGCAGUGCACUGGCAUGGAGAUUGAUGGAAGACGGAUCAGAGUAGAUUAUUCCAUCACAGAGAGAGCCCACACACCCACGCCAGGCAUAUACAUGGGUCGACCAACAUAG